AACACGUUAUAUAGUUUAUUUUGCAAUAUUUUGUUGUUUUCCAGCAGAAUUUCGAUGUUUUUUCUAUUUUUCUUCGUCACAGCUGUAAUAUUAUUCGGUGUGCUAUGUCUGACAGCAUUUAUGGCAUUUCAAGUCCGCCAUUCGAAUCAUUCGGCGAAAAAUAUGCCGAAAAAAGAUACAGCAUCAUUAUGCGUAGUUCUUGGUUCGGGAGGUCACACCAGCGAGAUGAUGGAGCUCGUCAAGCAUUUUGGCGAGGAAUUCGACGAGAGAACCUACAUAAUUGCGGAUACAGACACGAUGAGCGAGGAUAAGGCAAUAAAUCACGAAAAAUCGAGGAAUAACGAGAAAUUCUGCAUCGAAAAGAUUCCGAGAUCUCGGGAAGUCGGACAAUCCUACUUGACGUCGAUUGGCUCAACUAUCAACGCAACCGCGUUCGCCGUGAAGCUUAUCUACAGAAUUCGUCCGGAUCUAAUCGUGCUCAACGGGCCUGGAACCUGUAUCCCAGUCGCCUUGGCGGCCGCCUUCUUCGACAUAAUUCGCCUAAUCGAUACAGUUAUUAUCUACGAAGAAUCGAUUUGCCGAGUGAAAAAGCUCUCCUUAUCCGGUGCAAUUUUGUAUUAUCUCGGAAUGGUCGACUGCCUGAUUGUGCAUUGGCCGGGGCUCAAGAAAUCGUAUCCAAGAGCCACGUAUAUUCAGGAUUUGGAGCACAAAUUCACGUUGGAUGGCUCGGAGAAAAAAUCUCAAUAAAAAUAUUAAUUUAUGUGUCAAUUUUAGGGGGGAUUUUGUUUUUAAAUGUCGGAAAAAUUUUGAAAUUUUGAAAAAAAAACUAUAUUUUCCAAAAUUUUUAGUGUUUUGAAGAAAACUUUUCAAUUUUCUAGAGAAAAAACCUUUUAAUUAAAAAAACACAGAAAGAUGGAAAUUUGGAAAAAAUGAUUUUUGUGAUUUUUGCAAAUUUUGGAAAAUUCGUUUUUUUUUCAAAACAAAAUGAAUUUCACCUUUUUAAAAAUUCAGCAAAAGUUAGAUUUUUUUUUAAUUAAUUUUUUUGCAGAUUAAAUUUUACAAUUUUUUAUCGAUUUUUUUUCAGAUUUUUUUCCAAAAAUUCACGUUUUUUUACGGAUUUCCUCUAAAAAAUCAUUGAAAAUCGAGGUUUGCUUCAAAAUUCGGUAAAAAAUCGAAAAUGUUUUUUAAAAAAUCUGAAAAUGAUUUUUUAGUGGAAAAUCUGAAAAAAUUUCAAGAAAUUUGAAUUUUUCAAAAAAAUUCGUAAAACUACCGUAUAUUCUCUAUUAGUGCGGCACCCCCAUCGCUCACCUUUGACGUCAUAUGUCUUGAUUGAUUUUGAAGAUAUUAAGACCUUUUAAAACAUUAAGCAUAGAAGGAGUUUUAACAAACAUUUCCGUAGUUAAAGACUUUUUACCAAAAUCAAAGGUGACCGAGAUAUGAGCUGUCAAAGUUGAGUGGUGGGGUGCCGCACUAAUAGAGAAUAUACGGUACUUUUUUUUCGAAAAAGAAGUAAUAAAAAUGUCAUUAAAAAUUUGGAUUUUUCUAAAUCGGAAAAUUCGUUAAUUUUGGCUGAAAAUCUAGAUUUUUUGAAAUUUUCACGAAAAAAGCUUAAAAUCCGGCUAAAAUUCAAUUUUCUUAAAAAUUUUUUGUAAAAAAUUAAAUUUGCCUGAAAAUCCGAAAUUUCUGGUCAAUUUUUUCUACACAAAAAAACCCAAAAACUUCGAUUUUCCCGAUAUUUUUAACCAAAACUUUAACCGAUUCUUGUAUGUAUUUUCUAGCUUUACUUGUCUCUAUUGUGCUUUAUACGCCCAUUUCUUGUACAUUCCCGCCAUUUCAAUAUUUCCAAAACUAAUUUCCGUUUGAAUUUA